UGUAUCACAUUUGUGUUUAAACUUUGAGCUUCGAGUUAAUUUUGAACCGGCCGUCAUCGCAAGUCAGUCAGUCAGUUUUGUGUUAUCUUGUUUCCAAAAGUUCAAUCGCGUUUUGUGGUUGUCUGCGCGGUUUCUAGAUGGGGCCUGGGAUUUUAAUGUGAUGCGGGAUCACAGAUUGAGUGCACUGUGACCCGCUCUUCUUCGCCGAUGUCUUUCUGAGGUUUCGGGUUAGUGUUGGGGCUGGUUUUUGAACGAAGAAAAGUGUUAAAAAUGGCGCGAGGUAAAAAAAUACAGAUCACCGAUGACAUGAGCUGGUCGGAUAGGGUGGUACUAUUCUUCGGCGAGCUAGGAGGUACGGCUAUCCUCCUCUUCAUCGGUUGUAUGGGCUGUGUGAGUGGAAUUACAAAAAGCGGAGUGGUGCCUCACGAGCAGAUAUCUUGGACCUUCGGUUUGGCUGUGAUGAUGGCUGUCCAAGUAUUUGGACACAUAUCAGGGGCUCAUAUCAACCCAAUAGUAACAGUAGCUGCCUUUGUACUAGGUAAUAUAUCCGUCGUUCAAGUAUUUAUCUACUUUUUUGGACAGCUUUUUGGAGCCUUGACAGGAUUUGCAUUACUAAAGGCUGUUACACCUUCAAACUACAUUCUCCCGGAUAAUAGUACGCAUAUCAUUCCCGGAGUAUGUUCCCCGGGGGUAAACCCUAACAUAUCCCCCUUCCAAGGAUUUCUGGUCGAAUUCCUCAUCACAGGGAUCUUGUCGUGGGUAUGCUGUGCUGUCUGGGAUUCCAGAAACAGCGACAAGCAUGACUCGGUGACCAUACGGUUUGGAUUUACCAUUGCUGUCCUAGCAAUGGCAGCUGGUCCAUACACUGGUGCUAAUAUGAAUCCUGUGAGAAGUCUGGCUCCAGCAUUGUUCAAUGGAGACUGGGAUAAUCACUGGGUUUACUGGCUGGGACCCCUGCUCGGUAGUUUCGUAGCAGCCCUGAUCUACAGGCUGCUUUUCAGCAAAGAUCCACCUGCUAAAGAGGAACCGGAAGCUUUACCUUUAAAUGAACGUAACAAUAAGGCCUAAAAACUUAAUUCUUUAUUUUUACAAAAAAGCUUAAGAUAUAAUAUAUACGUAUAUUUUUUAAUGAAAUAUCGUAUAAAAAAAUUAAAAAGGCUCUCUAUAGUUAAGUACAAUGUAAAAUAAGGCCUAAUAGUGAAAAUAUGACUGGUUGUGCAACUAAUAUUACACUAAAUCAUAAUAAGUUAUCAGUAUGUUUAGGAUUUGGCGUUUCGUUGGUUGCCUAACUCGUGAUGUCAAAUCAAUUAAGUUUGUUGCACUAUACAAUAGGGCUAUUUAAAGAAAAUUGCUCAAAUUUCUCACAUUCGAAAUAAUUUAGCAUUAAUUUCGAUAUAUGAUAUAGUUUUUAGUUAAUAUAUUGCAAGUGAUAAAGGUACUGAAACUUAAUAUUGAAUGAGAGUAAAAUACAGGGUGGUUCGAUUCCAAUAGCAAUAAUAAAAUUAUUGAUCGAUGUUAUGCACAAUAUACAAGAAAAAAUUAUUUUAUGUUUUUUAUAGUGAUCGACAACAUCACUUUGAUUCACCCUGUAUAUACAUAUAGCUAAUAAAAUAAUACUGAAAUAGAUUUAAUUGUAUAUUGUAUAAUAAAUAAGGAAUUUGACUGUACCAACUUAAGAAUAAACAUAUAUUUU